CCCGGCGAGGCGGCGCCUGCGGCCGGCGCUGCCAUGUCCGCCCCGGCCAUGGCGGGGCUGGCGCGGGCCCUGCGGCGGGCGGCGGCUCCCGGGCGGGUCCCCGCGCCCCGCACAGGGGCCGGCGGGGCCGGGCCGCGGCCCUGGGGCUGGGGGCUGGCGCUGGGGCUGGCGCUGGGGGUCCGGGCGGAGCCCGCGGGGGGCGAGUCUGAGAGCGGGCGGGAGGAGAAGCCGCCCCCGCGGGGUUUCGGCGCGGCCGUGGAGAGGAGCAGGGACCUGGUGCGGAGGAUCAAGGAUGAAGCAGGAAUCCCAGGUAUAUUAGUUGGAGUUUCUGUAGAUGGAAAGGAAGUCUGGUCAGAAGGUUUGGGCUAUGCUGACGUGGAGAACCGUGUGGUGUGCAAGCCAGAGACCGUCAUGCGCAUCGCCAGCAUCAGCAAGUGUCUCACCAUGAUGGCUGUGGCCAAACUGUGGGAAGAGGGGAAGCUGGAUUUGGAUGCUCCAGUGCAGAAAUACGUCCCUGAGUUUCCAGAAAAGGUCUACGAGGGUGAAAAGGUGACUAUUACCACAAGACUGUUAGUUUCACACUUGAGUGGGAUUCGUCACUAUGAAAAAGAUAUUACAAAAGUAAAAGAAGAAAAGGAGAAAGCAAACAGAGCCCUUAAGCUAAGCAAAUCCCAUCAGGAUAAAGAACAAAAAGAAAAAGAAGGUAAAGGGAUUGAAAAAACUGAUAGUGUCAAACAGAAGAAAGAACAUGACAGUGAGACAAAGAGCCGAAAUUCAAGGCCUGGCAGGAACGACAGGGAGUUUGAACAGGAAGAGUAUUACUUGAAGGAAAAAUUUGAAAGUGUGAUUGAAUCACUGAAGAUAUUUAAAAAUGAUCCUUUAUUCUUUAAACCAGGUAGUCAGUUCUUGUACUCAACCUAUGGCUUUACUCUCUUAAGUGCUGUUGUGGAGAGAGCUUCAGGACAAAAAUUUACAGAUUAUAUGCUGAAAAUGUUUCGUGAUUUGGAUAUGCUGUCAACUGUCCUAGAUGACAAUGAAGCAAUGAUUUAUAACAGAGCAAGGUGUUACACUUACAACAAGAAGGGACGCCUGGUGAACGCUCCAUACGUGGACAACUCCUACAAGUGGGCUGGCGGUGGCUUUCUGUCCUCAGUGGGCGACCUCCUGAAAUUCGGGAAUGCUUUGCUCUACAGUUACCAGGCCGGACACUUCACAAACAGGAACGCCAAGCUGCUCCCGGGGUACCUGAAGCCGGGCACGGUUGCCAUGAUGUGGACCCCAGUGCCCAAAACAGAAGUGUCGUGGGACAGGGACGGCAGGUACGGCAUGGCCUGGGCCGUGGUGGAGAAGGGCCAGCGCUGCGGCUGCUGCCGGCGGCAGCGUCACUACGCCUCGCACACGGGCGGCGCCGUGGGCGCCAGCAGCGUCCUGCUCAUCCUGCCCGAGGAGCUGGAGCCUGAGGCUGCGGGCCCCGGGCCGCCCCCGAGGGGCGUCAUUGUCACCAUCAUCUGCAACAUGCAGUCGGUGUCGCUCAACAGCACUGCCUUAAAGAUCGCACGGGAGUUCGAUAAAGAAAAGCGGGCGCAGUGGACGGGCUGAGGGAGAGGGGUGUGAGGAGCUCACUGCGCUGGAAAACCAGGGGAGAAGGGUGACACUCACUGAGAAUGUGGGAAUUCACUUCAUUAACCUCUGCUAGUGGUGCUAAACUUCACGUCUAACUGGAAUUCAUCUCUCAGGGAAGUUGCUACCUUACAGAAAAUGAGAAUGUAACAGUCAAAGGUGACUUUCUGUAGUACCUGUGUAAAUUAUCAUUAUAUUAACAGGUUAUUUUUACCAACUAGUGAAACACUUGAUCAAGAUUUAAAAAAUAGCUGUUUUUUUUUGCACUAAGAAGUACAGAUUAUCUACCUUGAAUGUUAAACUUGUGAAAAAUUCCACAUCUUGAUUUGAGCACACAAAUAUGUUGCUUGUUAUUCUCACCGUUCCAGUCUGCCAAAACUAUUCAGUAUUACUUUUUAAAGAAAAAUUGUGUCACCAUUGCUUUUUGUUCUCACAUACCACUUCCCUUAUUUGCUUUAAAAAAACCAAUAAAACCCAAACAUUGAAGCUA